CAUAACGGAUAGCCCAGAGCGGUGCGUUCGUUUCAUUUGUUUCGGCUUUCUCAGGCGUCGUUCUCUAAAAAGGGACACUUGCAAUCGAAGCUGACAGAAAGUAGAGGGGGUCGAAGAUGGCAGACACGGCGAACAGGCUGCGCAAACAGCUGGAGUCAGCGAAUUUCGACCCGCAGAAUUACGUGAAGCAGCUCUCCCAGCAGUCGGACGGCGACAGGGACCUGCAGGAGCACCGGCACAAGAUCCAGACCCUGGCGGACGAGACGGCGCAGAGCCUGAAGAAAAACGUGUACAAGAACUACCGGCAGUUCAUCGACACGGCCAGGGAGAUCUCCUACCUGGAGAGCGAGAUGUACCAGCUGAGCCACAUCCUCACUGAGCAGAAGAGCAUCAUGGAGAGCAUCACUCAGGCCCUGCUCUCGUCAGACAAGGAGGAGACUGCUAAGGAGAUGUUGGCUGCCUUCCCCAAGGAGACAGAAGAAGUCAAGCAGAGAACCUUAACAACACUCUUGGAGAAGGUGGAAGGGUGCAAGAAUAUAAUGGAGACCCCUGGCAGGUACCUGGUGUACAACGGGGACCUCUUUGAGUACGACGUGGACCACAUGGCCCAGAUACAGAAGGUGCACGCCUUUCUGAUGAACGACUGCCUCCUCAUCGCCACUUGGCUGCCCAACCGCCGCGGGGCGGUCAAGUACAAGUACAAUGCCCUGUACGACUUGGAGAGCUUUGCCGUUGUGAACGUGAAGGACAACCCUCCGAUGAAGGAUAUGUUCAAAAUCCUCAUGUUCCCGGAGAGCCGCAUCUUCCAGGCGGAGAACAGCAAGAUCAAGAAGGAGUGGCUGGAGAUCCUGGAAGAGACCAAGAAGAACAAGGUUGUGAAAGAGAGACACAAGAAGGAGGAGGAGGUGCCAAAUUCGCCGGUGCGGGCAGACGUCUCCACUAACCCCUUCGAUGAGGAGGAGCCUGUAGAGUCUGAGGAAGUGGUGGAUUUGAGUAUGGAAUGGAUACAGGAGCUUCCUGAAGACCUUGAUGUGUGCAUCGCGCAGCGGGACUUUGAGGGUGCCGUGGACCUCCUGGAUAAACUGAACGAGUAUCUGAAGGACCAGCCCGUGACCCAGAGAGUGAAGGAGCUCAGGGGGAAGGUGGACGAGCGCGUGCGGCAACUCACUGAGGUGCUCGUCUUUGAGCUCUCUCCUGACCGCUCGCUCCGCGGUGGUCCCAAGGCCACCCGCCGUGCCGUCUCCCAGCUGAUCCGCCUUGGUCAGUCCACCAAGGCCUGCGAGCUGUUCCUGAAGAACCGUGCUGCGGCCGUGCAGACAGCCAUCCGCCAGCUGCGCAUUGAGGGGGCCACGCUGCUCUACAUCCACAAGCUCUGCAACAUCUUCUUCACCAGCCUGCUAGAGACGGCCAAGGAGUUUGAGAUGGACUUUGCAGGCAAUAAUGGCUGUUACUCUGCGUUUGUGGUUUGGUCCCGCUCAGCUAUGAAGAUGUUUGUGGGCGCCUUCAGUAAGCAGGUUUUUGACAGUAAGGAGAGCUUGUCUACAGCAGCUGAGUGUGUCAAGGUUGCCAAGGAGCACUGCAAGCAGCUGAGUGAGAUCGGUCUGGACCUCACGUUCAUGCUGCAGUCCCUGCUGGUCAAAGACAUCAAGGCUGCCCUCCAGAGCUACAAGGAAAUAAUCAUUGAGGCCACCAAACACCGCAACUCGGAGGAGAUGUGGCGGAGGAUGAAUCUUAUGACUCCCGAGGCACUGGCCAAGCUGAAGGACGAGAUGCGAAACUGUGGCAUGGGCACCUUCGAGCAGUACACCGGUGAUGACUGUUGGGUGAACCUCAGCUACACGGUGGUGGCCUUCACUAAGCAGAUGAUGGCCUUCCUGGAGGAGGGCCUGAAGCUCUACUUCCCAGAGCUGCACAUGGUGCUGCUGGAAAGCCUGCAUGAGAUCAUCCUGGUGGCCGUGCAGCACGUGGACUACAGCCUGCGUUGUGAGCAGGACAUGGAGAAGAAGGCGUUUAUUCUCCAGAAUGCCUCGUUCCUGCAUGAAACGGUCCUCCCUGUGGUUGAGAAGAGGUUUGAGGAAGGGGUGGGGAAACCAGUCAAGCAACUGCAGGACUUGAGGAAAAGCUCCCGGCCGAUGCGGGUCAAUCCUGACAGCACUAUGUCUGUGGUCUAGAAGCAAAGGCCCCGUGUUGUAGGAAUGUUUCACUGCAGUUGUGGCCCUUCGUUAGAUUACAUUACUUUUUUUGGGCAGUCAUUGCUCUGUUUCUGUAUUUAAUGCCCAUCCUUUCUGUAAAAUGUCAAACACCAUGUCAUGUUGAGAUGUUACUGUUUCUACUUUGAAUUAGAUUGCGGCAAUUAUACUGUAAUGCCGAAAAGGAUAAUGGCGUCAGGAGAUAUCACAGGGGUUAAAUGUAAACUCAAGUAUCCAUUCAGAUCUGCAGUCUGUUUGGAGACCAGUUCUGAAGUCAAAUUCUUCCCUGUGGUGGUUCCAUUUCUCAGCAGAAAAUACUGUGCAGAUGGAGGAGAAACAAAUUCACAUUAUACUUCACCCAUGCGAUGUGUCACAUUGCUGUCAAGGCUACACAUUUCAGUUAACUGUUACUAGGGUAUUCUAUUGCUGUUAGUGCUUUGUGAUUAAAUCUGUGUAAAUAAGUAUAAAAUCGGGCAACAUCUUACUCCCGGUUGUAACUGCUUCAUAACACUAGACUGUACACCCACUCCUUGUAUUACAGUUAAUUUGUUCCAUGAAAUUAUCCCAUUAGACAAGUCCCCAGUGUGAGGAAUUAAAAAUGUGAACAAAAAUUAAUAAAAAUAUCAAAGUAAAAGGUAU